GAGCUGAGUGACCUCCUUGAUUUCACCUCCGCGUCGACGGACGCGCUCAUAACACAUCGCUUCGAAUGUAUUGCUUCUGCACUACUGCACGAAUACUACCUCCUGGUGAUCUCAGACGACACUCGUAACAACUACGAGAUCCUCGAGGUCGAGUUCUACUUGAAAGCUGCUGACGUGCAUGAUGACCCAUUCACGCAUGGCAGUGAGGAACAGAGAUACAGCGGGCAAUGGUACUUCCACCGCGCACCGCGCAGAUCCAAGGAUCCGACCGUGUCCCAAACGGCUGCAAGCGGGUAUCGAGGCGGCACGCGCAAAGGCCUUGACCUGACGAUGGGCGCGCCGCCCGUGCGCACGUCCCCAUACUUCGCCCCGUCCGCGCAGAGCACCCCGUGCGAGCCGCCUAUCCGCGGAGGCGUGCUGCUGCGCACCAUCCGCCGCAUUUCCGACGCCAAGGUCAUCUCCGGGCCGUCGCUCCUCGUCGACGAGGUCCUCCGCGCAAGCGGCGCGGCGAGCAUCGCGGAGCUUGUCGCGACUCAGUGGGGUGGCGACAUCUCCGCGUUCUCGGUGGCUGCCCCCGCGGCGUGCAGACUGCAGCUCACGCGGCGCGUCGCUGCCCCCGCUACGCGACCGCAGGUAUACCGCUCGCCGCGCAUCGGCCUCGACCUCUCCAGCCCGGACAUUCCUGCGGACGGCGUGCAGCAGCUGGCGCACCCGCGCGUUGUGUUCGUCGGACUGCCCUACCGCUAUUUCGUGCACCCGCACCUGCUCACCGCGAAUGGCCGCGGGCAGACGCUUCUGGGGGUGUAUGAUGCGUGCACGGCGGCUGACCCGCACGAAGACGAGGCCCGAUUGAGCGAGGUGGUGCGGCUUACCGGGCUGAAGGAUGCGACGGUGCAGAAGUACCUGAGCGAGUACAGAGUGGGGCUGCAGGGAGGCGGUCUGAAGCCCUUCCUGGGCGUUGCAGGGAAGGGCGCAUCGGCGUCGCCAACGACGUUCAUGCGGAUGAUGGGCACGUUG